AGGAGGAGGAGGAGGAGGAUCACCUCUCCCUAAGUUGACUUUGCCGUUUUAGGGAGAUUAGACUCAUCUUUCCACAAACCCACUAAGAGCUGAGCAAAGACGGGAGAGGAGAGGGUACGCCUCGACUUCUGCUGAACUCGGUAACCACUCUGUCCACGGGUCAUGGCCGGUUCCGUGUAGCGGAGCGGGUUUUUAUUUCGGGCGGAUUCCCCCCGGUUUGUGCGCCUGCAGCCGAGCGCAGCUCUCACUGCGGCUCCAAAGGGAAACCAUAUCUGGUCAAAGUAUUCGUUGCUGUCACCCAGUAGAGCCGGACCGUCUAUUAAUAGCACCGGAGGAGCUGCUACACCAUCCCAGUUUGGACACCUGGCUGCCUUUAGUGCAGUGAAUGAGCAUCACUGAGUCCACUGCCUCCAUCAUUCUAGAUAUUUUCAAAUUAAGUCCACAUUCUCCAGCUCGGUUGUCUUUUUCGUCUCGUCUUUCUGGUCCGGGGAGGUCGUGGAGGUGUGCGGCUCAUCAUGUCGCUGUUGAAGAAGGAGAUGGACAAGUACAGGGACAUAGACGAGGACGAGCUGCUGAAGAAGCUGUCAGAGGAGGAGCUGCAGCGGCUAGAGGACGAGCUGGAGGAGCUCGAUCCUGACAAUGCAUUGCUGCCUGCCGGCCUUCGACAGAAGGACCAGACCAAGAAAGCACCAACAGGAACGUUUCAGAGAGACAACCUGCUGGCCCAUCUGGAGAAGCAGGCCAAGGAGCAUCCUGACAGAGAAGACCUGGUGCCGUUCACCGGCGAGAAGAGAGGAAAGGCGUGGGUGCCAAAACAGAGGGUGGACCCCAUCAUAGAGAACGUGACCCUGGAGCCGGAGCUGGAGGAAGCCCUGGCCAGUGCCUCCGAUGCAGAACUCUGCGACAUUGCAGCUAUCCUGGGCAUGCACACCCUGAUGAGCAACCAGCAGUACUACGAAGCGCUGGCCAGCAGCACCAUAGUCAACAAGCAAGGCCUCAACAGUGUGAUCCAGUGUACCCAGUAUAAACCAGUCCCCGACGAGGAGCCCAACUCCACUGACGUCGAGGAAACGCUGAUGAGGGUAAAGAGGAACGAUCCUGACCUGGUGGAGGUCAACCUCAACAACAUAAAGAAUAUCCCCAUCCCAAUACUGAAGGCUUAUGCCGAAGCACUGAUGAAGAACACCGUGGUGGAGAGGUUCAGCAUUGUUGGAACAAGGAGCAAUGACCCUGUAGCAUUUGCACUGGCAGAGAUGCUGAAGGUGAACUCAACUCUGAAGAGUCUGAAUGUCGAGUCAAACUUCAUCACCGGGGCUGGAAUCCUGUCCCUGAUCGAAUCACUGCAGAAUAACACCACACUACUGGAGAUUAAAAUCGACAAUCAGAGCCAGCCGCUGGGAAACAAAGUGGAGAUGGAGAUAGCCAGCAUCCUGGAGAAAAACACCACCUUGUUAAAGUUCGGCUAUCAUUUCACUCAACAGGGCCCGCGCCUGCGAGGCUCCAACGCUAUGAUGAACAACAACGACUUGGUAAGAAAGAGAAGGCUUGAGGGAGGACCCAUCUUCCCAAAGUGUCGGACAAAUGUGUAAAAAACAAACAAAUAAACAAUGGCUACCUUCAUCCUCCUCCAAUCGUCCUUGACCUCCAUCAUCAUCCUCCUCAUCGUUUGGUAAAUCUUGUGAAAAUUAUUAUUUUGUGCAUCUGGAUUGGCUAAGACCUUAAAAGCAGCAGCUCUCUGCUCACCAACCAGGAGAUGUACGCUUUGUGUCAGUAA